CUUGAUCAAAUGGAUUUGAUAGAGGUUUGGUCAGCAGGAAAUAUUACUUCAAACUUCAAUCUCAUUGACUUGUGCAUACCAAGGAUAGCAUGCGAUUUUGAAAGAUUAGCCUCCAGCAAGAGGUUUCUUCAACACGUAGGAGACAACCAACUUCAAAUCUUACUUCAAAGUCCCUGGAUAUGUGAUAAAAAUGAAGCAACGAAAUUCAAAACACUCUGCACAUGGUUGCAUGGCUCUUGCUUGAAUGUCGAUCGCACUGAACGUGAAAAGCACUUUGAGCGUCUUCUGGAUAUGAUCGACUUAAAUGAAUUGCCGAGAGAGUUUGUAAUUGAAGCUUCAAAUCUCGACCUAACAGCUGCACAGUUGCUUUGGAUGGUUGAAGCUAACUUCGCUUGCUUAUUACAACUUACUCUAUUUCCCCUUGUAGGUAGAGUUUAUGCUCUGGGUGGCAAAAAUAAGCUUGGUGAAAGUAUAUCAAGAGUCGAAAUGAUCAAUCCACAAAAUGGUGAGGUGACUGUACUCCGAUCAAUGAUAAAAGAGAGAGAAGGUCACUCUGCAGUGGCUCGACAUCAUUCAAUUAUAGUUUUUGGAGGGAACGAUUCGCAAAUUAAAAAAGUUUUAGACUCCUGUGAGGAAUUCAUUCCUGCAACUAACACUUGGAAGAAACUACCCCCAAUGCCAACUCCAAGACAUAGCACAGGAGCGGCACAUAUUCCCGGUGUUGGUGACAUAGUUGUUGGGGGGUGCAAAGAAACUGGAGAUGAUAUACCGGGCGUGAACAUCGCGGAAAUCUUUUUAACUAAUUCAUCGCCUCUUGGGUAUUCAAGCAGUUGGUGUGAAAUCGUUCCUAUGCUUAAUGCGAGGAUAUUUCCAUCAGCAGAAUUUUUCAAUGGAAAAUUAUACGUUUCCGGUGAUUUGUCAAAUUCUACUCCUCCUCUUGAGAUAUUAUCCAUUUUUACUGAAGGUCCUCCCCAGUGGACCGAAGUGACUAAAACCUUUUUUUGUCCACGAUCGAUGAUCUCUUUCAAUGGAAGUCUUUUGUUUGGGAGUGAGUUAAGUUCAUUUUUGCACUUUUAUUUGAAAAAAGCGAAAUUUUAUAGUGUAAAAAUUGUGAUUUUCCUUCAAUAG